GGAAAUGGAGGUUGCUGACCUCCUCCUGUGCAUGUACGCCCGGCACGUGUAAUAUUCCGUCUUCUUAUUUUGGCUUUCUCCACUCCUCUUUAAUCCCAAGCGAUCUCGAAGGUCCCCAGUCCGAGGGUUUCUAUUCAGAUCUUUGUCCCCAACUUUCCCCAAACCUUUCCCUUAAGACCCCCCUCCCCUCUCUCCUCGCUCUCCAUCUCCUUGUGGUGGCUGAGCUUUUCAUGCUUGGAUGGAGUUUGGCCAUCACAUGGAGGUUGUGUAUCAAGAGGAGUUUAUUAGGAAUUCAAGAGGGGUGCAGCUCUUUACGUGUAGAUGGUUGCCAUCUUCUUCAUCACCAAAAGCCCUUGUCUUCCUCUGCCAUGGGUACGGCAUGGAAUGCAGUGAAUUCAUGAAAGUGGUGGGGUCGAGGCUAGGGGGCGCGGGAUACGCGGUGUACGGCAUGGAUUACGAGGGACACGGGAAGUCGGAGGGGAGGCGCUGCUACAUCAAGAGGUUCGGCAAUCUCGUCGCCGACUGCGAACGCUUCUUCAAGUCCAUUUGCGUGAAGGAGGAGUACGUAAAUAAGAGCCGGUUCCUCUACGGGGAGUCGAUGGGAGGCGCCGUAGCUCUCCUUCUUCACAAAAGGGAUCCCACGUUCUGGGAUGGUGCAGUCCUCGCGGCGCCGAUGUGCAAGAUCUCGGAGGAGAUGAAGCCCAGUCCCAUAGUGGUGAACAUCCUAACCCAGGUGGAGGAUAUCAUACCGGCCUGGAAGAUCGUUCCCACCAAGGAUAUCGUCGACACCGCCUUCAAAGACCCCGUCAAACGCGAAGUGAUCCGGCACAACAAGCUGAUAUACAAGGACAAGCCCCGGCUAAAGACAGCGUUGGAGUUGCUUAGGACCAGCAUGGACCUUGAGGAUAGCUUGUCCAAGGUGAAUCUUCCCUUCUUGGUGCUGCAUGGGGAGGCGGACUUAGUGACCGACCCAGAGGUGAGCCGAGCGCUUUACGACCGGGCCAGCAGCGUCGACAAGACCAUCACGCUCUACCCCGGGAUGUGGCAUGGCCUGACUUCCGGCGAGCCCGACACUAACGUGGAGAAAGUCUUCUCGGACGUCAUCGCUUGGCUCGACCACCGAGCCCACGAAAGACCCGGAAGAUCACCGUCCAUAAGGAGCGACAUCGCCGACGAAGCCAUCGCCGACGAAGCCAGCCCGUCACCCAAGGUCAUGAGAUGGCCUAGUGGUGCCACCACCAGGAGGCAGCCUAGCGGGAUAUUUUGCUUUGGGUGGAAAGGGCGGACGGAGCCCCGCUCGGCCCUCUAAGGAGCUGCACUGGGUGUCGAAACAUUUCAACAAACACUUGGGAAGAUGGAAAAAGGGAAUUUGGGAAGGGUGGGAAUCAAAAGCCAAAGAAAAAACAAAAUUGUGACAGGUGACCUGGGACUUAUCAUAAUAAAAGCAAAAAGGGUUUCAUAGAUCAA